AUUAUGCCCAAAUGUCCACUGCUGCUGGACACAUUUAAACCAUUUAUCUGACUCAGACCAAGUCAGAUUUUCGAAGAAUCCAAAGAUGAUGAAGCAAAUGGUCAGACAUUCGAGCAAGUUCCUAGUCAGACAGCUGCGACCAUUUAAAAAGAGGGAAGAGUAUAGCUUUUGAGUUUCGACCAAAAGUUUACGAGAAUGGGUUGCAAUUCUGAUUGCGCGCAGCUCUGCAGACUCAUCAGCGACUCUCUCCUUCCUCACACGGUCAGUGUAACGAAAGAAAAGGAGAAGAAUCUUAUGAUCAUUCUCUCUCAGGUUUCAAAAGAAAUUCGUAGCUGGGAGAAUCUCCACAAUUGCAAUCCAGACGGUGAGGAUCAUGGUCAUAAUUGCUUAGCUAACAUCGUUUCUGUGUUGGUAAAACUAUUGACGGUUGAGAGUCAAUUUGUUCGACAAACAACGAGUAAUCUUCUGGUGCUCAUAUCCGACCUCCUCACUACAUCGGUUGAGAAAUGGGGUCGAUUUCUUCAAUAUUUGUGUGUAUGCUUGAAACAAGGGAUUUCUACUAUUAAGUCAAACAAAUUAUUGGCUCCAACAGUUGAAGACAAUGAAUUAGAUGGUUAUACAAUUACUUUGUCUUUGACUGGACAAGGAGGAGCAUCCAGAAAUGGAAAUUGGUUAACAGUGGCUUGUGUAAUUCAAGUAUUACGUAGUAUCUUGAAAUGUCUAAAUCAAGAUGAUGACGAUGAACUUAUGGAGAUGUAUGUCCAUGCUGUUAGCUGUUGUCUUAUGGAUAUUUCAUGGGAUUUUCUGAACGAUUUUAAGAUUAGUGAAGCACAAAGGAUAUCUACGUCGAAUGCCGUUGGCCAUGGAAAAGUUUGUUCUCAGAAAUCUAGGUUCCUAUUUCUGGGCGCCCUGCUUCAACUUUUAUGCUCCUUAUCUCAGCAAAGCAGUUUCGUGGAAGAUGGUGGUGGUUCCUUGGAUAAGCACCGCUUUCUUAAUUACAUAGCCAUAUUGGUUCCCACGCUUUUGGACUCGUGUUACUACAAGGAAGGAGAUUAUAACUAUAUGUUUGGUUCUCAGUACUUGAGACACAAGAUACUGAUGCUAAUGGUCAGACUAAGUUCACUAAUCCAAUGGGAGUGCUCCACUCUUAUUAUGUGGUUGCAAUUGCUUCGAGAAUACUGCGGUGAUCUUCUUCACCAAUCCAUUUCUGGCCGUCAGAUAGGCCAGAGUGAUAGUCUCGAAGGUUCUCCAUUUCAGACUGAUGUUGUGUGUGGAAAAGUGCAUAAGAUAUGUACGCCACAUUUACAAAGACAAGCCAUUUUUCUUUUCCUGAGAUGCUCUUUCAAUUUGAUCAGCCUUAGUAAAGAAACUGAUGUGAAAUGCUCAUGUCCAUCGUCAAAUUUUUGUUUGACCCAUGAGAUGCAAUAUGCGCAGAAGUGUUGCAAUAAGAAGAAAGGUUGGUCAGCACUUUCUGAGUGGCUACAGAGGCAUGUAUCUACGGAGAUAAUUAUGGAUGGUGGAAUAUACUUGGAUAAGUGUAGGACCUUUGCUUUAUCCUUCUUGCGGCUAUUUAUUGAUGAGGAUGACUUUCUGUUCGAAGUUCUCUUGCAGUUAUGGAGUAUACCUUUCCCCGACAUGCGAGUGGUGCACAUUGGAAAAGGCAAGGCCUCGUCAGAAAUAGAGGAGGAGAUCCUCUAUCAUCUUUCAAACAUACUAAACCCUGUACAACUUUUCCAUCUAUUCCUCUCAGAGUUACAAUAUGAUCACCAAGUGCUUCUCGAUUACCUCAUUUCGAAAGACACGGGAGUUAAUUGUGUAAAGUAUCUCUUACGGUGCUUGCGUACAGUUAGCAACUCAUGGCAAGCAUUUGUGGAGUAUCCAUUUCAUUGUGUUGAAACAAGUCAGUCUACCACCAAGAAAUGUAAGGUUCACAAGGAAGGUGCAUAUUCUUGUGGGAAAAUUGGAACCCCAUCAUUGUCAAUAGAAGCGAGGAAGGAUAUUGAGCACUGUAGAAGAAACCAAAAUUUUGUCAAUAGGGAUGAUAAUCAAAUGAGAGUAACUGUUUAUAAUGACGCCAAAGAGUGUUUGCUUUCUCUCGAAAGAUCCAUCAGAAGUCUUCAUGAGAAGAAUUUGUUUCCAUAUAAUCCUGCUCCACUUCUUAGAAGUUUCAAAAGAUUUCAGGAACUCUGCCACCACGAAGAGGAAUCUAACCGUAAAAGGAGGUCUCUGAUCAAAGUGAUGGCCUAAGCUCAAAACGAUAAACCACAACAACUUGGCUGGUCUCCACUCAACGUUGUUAGGAAGAUUAAUUUACUCUCCACUCGCCUGGAUGAUUUUACAUGGUGUUUUCGUUCUACAUAUAUAACGAAAACCCAGCCGACUACAAUAGAUUUCAGUUUUGAAGUAUGUUAGCUUGAAAAUAAAACCCAGAUGAUUCUAGUUAUUCAAUUUGUAUAAUCAAGUACCAGAAUAGACAAGGUGUUCUUAAAUACAGUUGCCGAUUUUUGUCAAA